AUUAAAUAAAUAAAAAAACAUGAAAUUCAUUACCGCUUCAUUGUUGUUGUUGUUGUUGUCGAUGGCGAUGGUGGUGAUCAUGACGACGAUCGUUUCCGCCGACAUUGAAAUCGAUAAAACCGAAGUAGUACUUAUGGAAAUUGUGGAAGAAAUGAUUCGACAAGCAAGACAAUCCAGUACUGAUUCAACAAUAAUUUCUAUUGGUAAUAAAAUCAAAACAUUAGUACUUACAUCUGGUCUAAGUAAUCGUGGUGAUUUACAAUUGAUGAUUGAUUUAAUUCGAUUAACAAUCGAUGUUGGUAAAAAUCAACAACCAAAUCAUUGAUGAUUAUUGUCAACAAUAGAAUCUUAAUAAGAUUAUUAUUAUUAUUUUUUUUUUACUUAUUUGUUUGUUGAAAAAUUUUUUUUUUUUUUUUGGAUAAUAAAUUCCAUUCGAAUUGUGAAAAUA